UGAGCGUAGGGUCAGUCCAAGGAACCAUGUGGUUCAUCCUGCCUGCAGUUCUGCUCGCUACCACCCAGGGCAUCACCCCCGUCCGCUACGAAAGGGACAAAGUACUCCGGGCGAAUCCCCAGGAUGAGAAGCAAGCAAACCUCCUAAAGGACUUGGCCCGAACCUACCAGCUUGAUUUCUGGUACCCAGACACUGCAUACUACAUAACGACAAACAUGACGGUUGAUUUUCAAGUUGGUGAAAAGGAAUCUCAAUCCAUCCUGAAAGCCUUGGACCAAAAUGAAAUGCACUACAAAAUCCUGAUUGAUGAUCUGCAGGAAGAGAUUGAGAAACAGUGUGAUGUUAAAGAAGAGAGAAAAGGCAGACAUAGUUAUGCAAAAUAUCAUAACUGGGACGAGAUCGUUGCUUGGAUGGAAAAGAUGUUGGAUAAACACCCCAAAAUGAUCUCACGAAUAAAAAUUGGGACCACUAUUGAAGACAAUCCACUUUAUGUUCUGAAGGUUGGGAAUAAAGAUGAAAAGAAGGCUAUCUUUAUGGAUUGUGGCAUUCAUGCCCGAGAAUGGGUCUCCCCAGCUUUCUGCCAGUGGUUUGUGUAUCAGGCAGCCAAAUCUUAUGGGAAGAACAAAAUCAUGACCAAACUCCUAGAUCGAAUGAAUUUUUAUGUUCUUCCUGUGUUCAACGUUGAUGGAUAUAUUUGGUCAUGGACACAGGAUCGCAUGUGGAGAAAAAAUCGUUCCAAGAACCAGAACUCAGAAUGCAUCGGUACAGAUCUCAAUAGGAACUUCAAUGCUUCCUGGGAUGCUUUACCUGUCACCAACAACCCAUGUUUUCCUAUCUAUCGGGGCCCCGCGCCGGAAUCGGAGAGAGAGACAAAAGCUGUCACUGACUUCAUCCGAAAACACCAGCAAUCUAUCAAGGCCUACAUCACCUUCCAUUCCUACUCCCAAAUGCUAAUGUACCCCUAUGGAUACACCAAAGAACUGCCCUCAAACCACAAGGAACUGGACAAAGUAGCAAAGAUCGGUGCUGAAGCUGUAGCCACUCGAUACGGAACCAGCUAUAUCUAUGGCCCAAUAGCAUCAACAAUUUACCAAACAACAGGUUCUUCCUUAGACUGGGCUUAUGACCUGGGCAUCAAACACACAUUUGCCUUCGAGCUCCGAGAUAAAGGCAGAUUUGGAUUUUUGCUUCCAGAAUCUCAGAUAAAAUCAACUUGUAAGGAGACCAUGCUAGCUGUCAAAUUUAUUGCCAAAUUUGUCCUCAAGAAUAGUUCCUAAAGGAUUGCCCGUAGCUUGGGAGACAAUUAACCCUUCUUAGAUUCUUUCACCAGAAAGUAAUCUUCAGUUAGCCCUAGAGGGGUUGCCAUGCCAUUUUUGCUCACUUAACUCCUAUCUAUUUCUUAUUGUCUUUUAUUUACUAUUAUUUUGCAAGGCCUUAGCAAAGUCCUUUUUAAGAAAAAGCUUUUGACUGCCUUUCUUUGCUCCCUUUAAAGUUUAAAGCUAAUGCAUACUAUUUUGAGCAAUUAGGAAGACGAUA